CUGAACGAUGGACAUCUUCGAUUCAAGUUACUUUAGACUCAAUAAAGUAUUAAUGAAUUGUAUUGGACAAUGGCCUUAUCAGUCCAGACAUCGAAGAAUUAUUAUUUCUGCUUUUAUCACUACCAUGAAUAGUUUUUUCCUUUUUACACUGAUUUGUGGUAUCGUAACUUCAAAUAAUGUUGAUGACUCAAUUAACAUUUUGACAGCUACCGUUAUGGCUAUAACGUGUUCGUCAAAAUUAUUAAAUUCUAUUAUUCAUUCAAAAAAGCUGAAAAACCUCCUGGAUGAAAUAAAAUUAAACUGGACAUUAGGGUCUAAACAAGAAGUUAAUAUCUUAAAAAAUUUUACUAUUAAAGGAAGAAAGUUAACAUUCAUAUACGUAGUUUAUAUGUACUUCACACUGGCUUUAUAUUUACUUACUGGUUACACACCUCAGCUUCUCAAUAUUAUCAAGCCUUUAAAUGAGACAAGAUUGAGAAAAAGGCCUUAUAAAUCAAACUAUUUUGUUGAUGAAGAUAAAUAUUACUAUCAUAUUACGCUUCAUGAACAGAUAACUAUUUUAUUAAAUGUAACAACAUUAGUAACUACUGAUACAAUAUAUGUAGUGUACACUGAACAUGUUUGCGGAAUGUUCGCAAUUCUUCGGUAUCGACUUGAGAAUAUCUUAAAGGACAAAAAUAGUAAUUCCGAAAUGUCAGUUCGUCGUUCUCUUCAGGACGAUGAAAGUCUCACAAAAGAAAUUUUGGGAUGUAUAUCGCUACAUCGAAGAAAUAUCGAAUUCACAAAAAAGCUUGACGCGGCUUUCUCAGCAUCUUUGUUUGUUCAAGUUGGACUCAGUAUGAUUUUACUAAGUAUAACCGGAUACGUGACUAUUUUAAAAUUAGGGGUACUAGAUGAAUUUCUGCAAUUCUGUCCGUACGUAGUAAUGCAAAUUGUUUUCAUUUUCUACCUCUGCCUGCCCGGUCAAAAAAUAAUAGACGCCAGUGAAAAUAUUGUCAACUCGCUUUAUAAUUCGCAGUGGUACCGGAUGCCAUUCAAAACCCAAAAACUUUUUAUAUUGUUAAUGGUUAGAAGUUCUCGUCCAUGUUGUUUUCAAGCAGGCGGUGUUUUUGUACUCUCAUUGCAAACAUUCAGCUUGUGCAUCCAGAGAGCAUUCUCCUUCUUCACAGUUUUAUUAAAAAUGAAAGAAUAAAGGCAAUGAACUAUAUGUGCGACCAGUUAAAUCAUUAUA